GUGAAAGUCUUGAGGCCUCAGAUGUCGGAGCUCGUGGAGAGCACGUGAAUGUAGCAUAGUUGGAGGCGACGGAGAGGAGAGGAAAGAAAAGGGCCAGGAAGGGACCUGUAAUAAAUUCAGCCUCGCACUCUUGGCGCCAAUCCGAUUUAAAGAGAACAAAAAAAAAACCAGCUACAUUUUAAUUGACGUUUUAAUCAAAUCUGCGCCUCGCCGCUGCUUCUCUCUGAGCCGUCGGUCGGUGCUGCAGCCAGCUAGCCUCGUUAGCACACUAUCUAUCAUUGUCAUAUUAAUCUGGCCCUUCUCUCUGUCUGUGGUGACGAUACUAAUAACUCAGCAACAGUGAAACACGGGGACAAUAGAGGUGUGUUUCUCCACGGGAAUCCAUAACACACAGCUGCAAAAUGGGGAGGAAGUCCAACAGAGCAAAGGAGAAGAAAGCCCGGCGUCUGGAAGAGAGGGCAGCGAUGGAUGCCGUGUGUGCCAAGGUGGAGGCAGCCAAUAAGCUUGAUGACCCACUGGCUGCAUUCCCAGCCUUCAAAAAGUACGACAGAAAUGGGCUGAACCUGCAGAUAGAGUGCAAGAGAGUGACCACCCUCAACCCGCUGUCUGUGGAGUGGGCCUUCGAACUCACCAGAGCCAACAUGCAGACACUGUACGAGCAGAGCGAGUGGGGAUGGAAGGAGAGGGAAAAGAGGGAGGAGAUGAAUGACGAGAGGGCGUGGUACCUUCUGGCCCGCGACGGAGACUCCGCCCCUGUGGCCUUCUCUCACUUCCGAUUUGACGUGGAGUGUGGGGAAGAGGUUUUAUAUUGCUAUGAGGUGCAGUUAGAGAGCAGAGUGCGGAGGAAAGGACUCGGAAAGUUUCUCAUCCAGAUACUACAGCUCAUCGCGAACAGCACGCAGAUGAAGAAAGUGAUGUUGACAGUUUUCAAACACAACCACGGGGCGUACCAGUUCUUCAGAGAAGCUUUACAGUUUGAGAUCGAUGAGACUUCGCCGAGCAUGUCGGGCUGCUGCGGGGACGACUGCUCUUACGAGAUCCUCAGCCGGCGGACCAAACACGGCGAGGCCUCGGCGGGACACACCCACGGGGGUGGGCACUGCGGGGGCUGCUGCCACUGAUUUGCUUCGGCUCCACCUUUUAAAUGAUUGGUUAAAAGCCAGCAACUUUCAUGGCUGUGUGUGAAAGCUUGAGCUGCCUGCUACUCUGCAGGCGUUUUGGGUUUGACCGGCUGUAGAGUGCCGUUGAAAAUGAACCGAUGGUGGGAUAUCUGGCGACAGAUAUUGGUGUUGCAUUCAGAUUGAGAUUUCUGUGUUUUUUUGUUUCUUUUGUGUUAUUCCUGCUAAAAAAAAAAAGCAGUAUGCAG